AUGACAGUGAAGUCUCUUCACAAUCUGGCUUCUUACCCGAAUCCGAACCAGAAGAAAGCUCAAAGGACCCUUCUACGAGGAAUCAAGCCGGCUCUGAGCUUGAAGUCAGCGACUCGCAGUGACGAGCCAUGCUAUCCACGCAGCGGCUCUCCUAGCCUCCCAAAGACACUCAAGUACAGCACUGAUCCACUCGGCAACUUGCAGCCACCUCGAAGAGAGGCCAAACUAUUUGGGAGGUCCGCCGAGGAUGCGAUCUGGAACAGCCGCGACGAUAGGUCGCUUAGCAUCCACCCUGUGACCUUGGAGAGCUUUGAUCGCGCAGUCGGUAGCAAUCCUACCCUCGCUACCAACACCCUUGGUUCAGCUACUCGUGUUACCUCAUCAGGUGCACCACUGCCUCUGACUGCUGGACCGCCGGGCCAAAGACAGUACCGCCCAUCAACCUUUGAAUCUACCUUCAAGGCACUGCACACUGGUACACCCACUCAAGACUCCAGCCAAGAAGACGAUGACGAUGUUCUCAUCAUCACUCGGCAGACUCUACGACAAGCAGGUGUCAAUCCUAUGAGCCUGGAGCAGAACUCACAUUCUCUCAAGACAAUGCCUCCACUGGUAUCCAAGACCCCACUGCCCACAUCAACAGCCGCUGUAGACUUUACUGAGGACUCGGACAUCAGCGCCAGCGCUCGAGCCAGCGAAUUCGUUAGCUACCUCACACAGGAACAACUGCAUCCCUCAAAUGUGACACCCUCGUGGGCCUGGGGGUCUACUGUGGCCCCUGACUGCUGGGCGUCAUCGCGAAAGCAGAGCCAGCAUCAGUAUUCUCAAGGACCUCGAAUCCGGAAUGCAAAUGACAUCAAGGCUCGCAGCGAAGAUGUCAACCGUGCUUGGUACGCAGGAGCUGAUUUUCUCCUGGCAUCAUCUGAGGAAAUUGCCAUGCAAAUCCAACCACCCACGGGCAAAGGGGAUUUUGGCGCAAUUGGAGAUGGACGCCCUUCCAAAAAAGGUGAUUAUCACUACCCGAUGAGUAUCAAUCAUGCCAACCGCAUGACAGUGGCGGAACAUGCUCGACCACUGUUCAGCAUGGCGCAUGCGAACGUACAGCAGUUCAUCGGAGAGGAGUGGCAGAAGAACAACGCCAGCCAUACUCCACCAGUUCAGGCUACCAAGUAG